GCACUUGGUUAGUGUUGAUCCUUUUCUAAUACAAUCCCUUAUCAUUAUCUUAAAAAGAAACAACAAAGUGUAAGUUCAAAUAAUGACAUGCAAAGUGAUCACAACUAGAAAACUAACAAUUCAUAAAACACACCUUUACAUAAUCAGCAAUUUUAGAGACAGAUUCUUCUUUCAAAGAUUCAGUAACUGAUAAUACUUCAUCAGUUUCUACGGAUGUUCUUUCAGGUGCAUCAAUCUGUCCAAAGCAGUAUAGCAUUAAAUGACAUAACAAGUCACAAAAGGAAAUAUAGCUAUAUAACUAAGGUGACAAGAAAAUGACAAACAUGGAGAAUAAGAUCAGUGAACAGUUUUCUUGUCCUCAAAGUCAAAAGUGCAAGCCACCGGGACAAUGCCGUGAGCAGAAAGGAAUUGAGAAUAGGAAAAUAACUCUGAGAAAGACAUUGGGGGAUUAAGACUCGGGGAUAGAAAUAACUCUAUGAAAACCAAAUACAGUAUGAACAGAAACUAUGGUUCUACACACAAAUUGUCAACAGAUGUGCUAAUCAUAUGAAACCUCAACACUAAUGGACUAUGAAUCUAUGCGCAUCGAACUAGUUCCAUUCGUUGUUAAAACCUAGUAGAAGUACUUUAAUUGAAAUACACAACAAAACAUUGGGGGAAGUGGGAGAAAACUAACAAUUCAUUAGACAUACCUUUACACAAUCAGCACGUUUAGAAGCAGAUUCUUCCUUCAAAGGUUCAGUAGCUGUCUGUGUAGAACCAUAGUUUCUGUUCAUACUGUAUUUGGUUUUCAUAGGAUUAUUUCUGUCCCUGAGUUUAGUUCCCCCAAUGUCUUUCUCAGAAUUAUUUUACUAUUCUCAAUUCCUUUCUUCUCACUGCAUUGUCCUGGUGGCUUGCACUUUAGACUUCGAGGACAGGAAAACUAUUUAUCGAUCUUAUUCUCCAUGUUUGUCAUUUUUUAAUCACCUUUUAUUAUAUAGCUAAAUUUCCUUUUGGGACUUGUUAUGUCAUUAAAAGCUAUACUGCUUUGGAUAGAUUGAUGCCCCUGAAGGAACAUCCAUAAAAACUGAGGAAUUAUUAUCAUCUUUGAAGGAAGAAUCUGCUUCUAAACGUGCUGAUUAUGUAAAAGUGUGUUUUAUGAAUUAUUAGUUUUCUCCCACUUCCUCCCAAUGUUUUUUUGUGUAUUUCGAUUUAAAUACUAUUACUAGGUUUGAACAACCAAUUUAAUAUCUACCUUAUCAAAGAAACUAGGUUUGAACAACCAAUGGAACUAGUUGGGUGUGCAUAGAAUCAUAGUCUCUUAGUGUGGGUUUCAUAUUAUUAGUACAUCUCUUGACAAUUGGUGUGUUAAACCAUAGUCUCUGUUCAUAAUGUAUUUGGUUUUCAUAGAGUUAUUUCUGUCCCCGAGUCUAAUUUCCCUAAUGUCUUUCUCAGAGUUAGAUUUCCUAUUCUCAAUUCCUUUCUGCUCGCUGUCCGGAUGGCUUGCACUUUUGACUUUGAGGACAGGAAAAAUAUUUAUCGAUCUUAGUCUCCCAUGUCUGUCAUUUUCUUGUCACCCUUAGUUAUAUAAUUUAUUUCCUUUUGUGACUUGUUCUGUCAUUAAAUGCUAUACUGCUUUGGACAGAUUGAUGCACCUGAAGGAACAGCUGUAGAAACUGAAGACGUGUUAUCAGUUAUUGAAUCUUUGAAGGAAGAAUUUGCUUCUAAACGUGCUGAUUAUGUAAAGAAAAGGGCAGAAGAGAAUGCACAAAAGUUGUAUGAUGUGAUGACGAAAAAUCUUUUUAAGUUUUCAACAGAGAGAAAAAGUCUUAUAGUUCUUGGUGUGGAUAUUACCACUGAUCUUCUAUCUAAGAGACAGCAGAAUGCAAUUAAUUUGCAAAAUGGGAUUGGUUCCAGCAAUGGAGAUAAUGAUAGCAAUAGUUGUGAAGAUGAUGGAUAUGCCUCUCCGAAAGCUCUUCUAGGAACUAUCAUUGCCGGCAAUAAUGCUGUAUGUCCCAUUAAACUUCCUGCAGUGGAAAGACUGCCUCGAUAUACUACAUGGGUUUUUUUGGAUAGAAAUCAGAGGAUGACCGCGGACCAAUCAGUGGUUGGUCGUAGAAGAAUUUAUUAUGACCAGAACAGCGGAGAAGCUCUAAUUUGCAGUGAUAGCGAGGAAGAAUUACUUGAAGACAAAGAAGAAAAGAGGGAGUUUGUAGAGUCUGAAGAUGUUAUGCUGCG